AUGGGUGCCAACAAGGCUGAGACUGGGAAAGGUUCGAGUGAGGACGAUGGGCUGGCAGUCCUUCCAGCAGAUGGCCCAGCAUGGUACAAGCAGACUCAUCUCUUGCAUCUUAACUGUAUCAUUAUUUUGCUUGUUCUGUACUCGUCGGCCAACGGGUAUGAUGGAUCUCUGAUGAACAGUCUCCAGGCUCUCGAUCAGUGGAAUAGCUUCAUGGACUACCCUACCGGCGCGAAUUUGGGUUGGAUCAAUGCCAUCUACUGGUUAGGGUGUGGUGUUGGAUACCCCUCUGCCGCAUGGAUAGCCAAUCGAUAUGGACGCAAACCAGGCGUCUAUCUCGGAUACCUCUUCUUGGCCUUGGGCGUUGCACUGCAGACCGCUGCUCCGAAUCCGACUGCCUUCCUCCUUGCUCGACUCUUCCUAGGAGUUACGUCGGCCCUCUACGGAAACGCCGUUCCGCUACUCAUCAACGAAAUCGCUUAUCCGAGCCAUCGCAGUAUACUGAACUCCCUCUUUAUGUCGGGAUGGUACGUGGGUGGUACUGUAGGUGGAUGGGUGACUUAUGCCUCACGAGAGUACCCUUCGUCAUGGUCUUGGCGACUGCCAUCCCUUCUACAAGCCCUUGUGCCGCUUGUUGCUCUUCCAGCUCUACUGCUUGCCCCGGAGAGCCCUCGAUGGCUCCUCUCAGAAGGACGGGAUGAAGAAGCUCGCACUAUUCUUGCUCGCUAUCACGCUGCGGGUGAUAGUAGUUCGCCCCUGGUUGACUUCGAAUUCCAGGAGAUCAGUUCCACCCUUCGUACGGAGCAGGAGGCCAGCAAUAGCGGCAGUUAUUUGGAGAUGGUUCAGACUCCGGGGAACCGACACCGACUGAUGAUCUCGAUCAGUUUGGGCUUUUUCGCACAAUGGGUCGGAAAUGGUGUCAUCUCAUACUAUCUUGCUCUUAUUUUGGAUACAGUGGGUAUUACCGACGUUGGGGACCAAACCCUCAUCUCUGCCUGCUUGCAAAUGUGGGAUUUGAUCUUCGCGGCGGUCGGAGCCGUGCUUAUUGACCGAUUUGGUCGUCGGCCCCUUUUCCUCUCCUCAGCUGUGAUUAUGUUCAUUAGCUACGUCCUUGUCACAGCAUUGUCAGGAUCCUUUGCCGCCACCAACUCGACCGCAACAGGAGGGGCAGUAAUUCCAUUCCUCUUUAUUUUCUUUGCAGGAUAUGUAAUCGCUCUUACUCCCUUCCUCACCGCGUAUCCGUGCGAAAUCUGGCCUUUCCACCUCCGAUCCCGCGGCCUAACAGUGACAUGGGUGUCCACAAUCUGUGGCAUGUUCUUCAAUAUGUUCGUGAAUCCUAUCGCCCUAGAGGCAAUCGCGUGGAAGUACUACAUCGUCUUUAUUGUCAUCCUUCUCGUCUACGGAUUGACCGCAUAUUUUUACUACCCGGAAACAAAGGGAUAUUCGCUAGAGCAGAUUGCUAUCUUGUUUGAUGGACCGGAUUCGCAAGCUAUGGACUCAACUGAGCUUGGGAAGGUAGAUGAUGCGAAGGAUACUUUGUCGACGGUGCAUAAGGAGGCUGUGUGA